AAUUUAUCUCUGUUGUUCGAUGUGUCAUGAUAAAGAUAGAUUAGGACAAUGCAUAAUUAACCCCAUGGGGUUAGGUGUUAGAUUAAUUUUAAGUCUGUGCUUGUCCACAAUCUUCUCGAAUUCAGUAAACCUUCGGAAAAAAGUUUGAAUGUUUUGUUGAGGUUUUAUCGUCAUACUUUAUUACUGACUUUUCAAGCAAUAAUACUUAGUACAAAUUUUUCUCACAGAUCAUAUACUCGUAGCGAUGCCGAUUGCUCCAAAUACAUAUCGGGGUGUUUCCCAACCAUCAUGUUUAGCCAAAGUAAAGUUUGGAUUUUUAAUGGGGUUCUGUGUUGGUGUAGCAACUGGUGCUAUAUUCGGCGGAUUCAAUUGUUUAAGAUACGGUUUACGUGGACGUGAAUUAAUUCAAACGGUUGGCAAAGGCAUGUUUCAAGGUGGAGGUACAUUUGGCAUGUUUAUGGCUAUAGGAACUGCCAUCCGUUGUUAA